AUGGCUUUUUUGGGUACAUCUUCAGUUUCUUCGCUAGUGUCUGCCGGAGUUUGUCUGGUCCUUCUUCCUAGUCGAUUCUCUUGCUCAAGGUGGUCUUCUUCUCCGACUUUAUCUUCGUGGGCUACUUGUAGUGUUGAGGAAGUUGUUUCCACAGGACCAGGGAUUCGUUUUUUCCAACUUUAUGCGUAUAAGGAUAGAAAUGUGGUAAGACAGCUUGUAAAAAGAGCUGAAGAAGCUGGAUUUAAAGCAAUCGCUCUUACCGUUGAUACUCCAAGGCUUGGAAGAAGAGAAUCCGACAUCAAAAACAGAUUCGCGCUUCCUCGAGGUCUUACGUUGAAGAACUUCGAAGGGUUGGAUCUUGGGAAAAUAGUCAAGACCGAUAAUUCAGGGCUAGCUUCAUAUGUUGCUGGUCAAGUUGAUCAGUCACUAAGCUGGAAGUUGAAGAAUGUUUCGACUUUACUGCACCAGGAACAUGCUUCAACAGUCCGCUAUUUAUCUAGCACUAAUCAAGCUCCUCUGAACAUAGAAGGUAAUGACUUUGGAUCUGAAGUUCUUCCUGCAGACAUAAGAGAUCAUAAUGUUCAAGUAUGAUUAGUGGAGCAUCUCAAGCAGGCAUUUGAAGACAACAAGAAGAGUCUCUAGGUUCGUGUUUGUGUUGAUUGUAGCAUUUGUAAUAUUAGGUUAAGACUUAGCUUGAGACUUGUUAUGUAUGUGGUGCAUUGUAGUUGAAAUGUUCAAGAAUCAAGAUGAUAUGUACUUUAUUUUGAGGCCUAUAGAGUUUUUUCUUAUAUAUUGAAUUGAUAACAAGAUGUUUCA